AUGGCCACAGAAACGCCCUCCGAGCCGCGCGGCCUGACCACCAGCGGAUUGCCUCCCGACAGCCUGGCUGCUGCCCGACAACACAUUCAGAGCCUCCCGGCACACGAGCGCGAGGCGCUUCUGCGGGCUCUCCUCGAGCAGUACGAGCUUCAGGCGCAACCGGAUACAGCUCCCGGACCCCUGACCUUGCGCAAGGAACUCGUCGUCCGGCAAGUUCCGGCCGCUGUAGCACCCCCAACGCCUCCGCCUGAGAUCUGCACAAACACCUCACGGUCUUCGAUAGACACUCGCGCCUCUUCGCCUCUGCCGGCUGCAAGCCUGUACAGCCAAAGCCCAACCCUGGUCGCCUCUCCGCAGACAGACGAAUCCUCGUCUCCCUUCUUCUCGCAUCUCCGAGUCAAGUCUUUCUCCCAGCCGCGCCGCUCGCUUUCCCGACCGGAAUCGAAGCCACGGCAGCGGUCAGACAGACACAGACGAACGCUCUCUCUCCCUUCUGAAGAUAUGCCUAACCCGACGAUAUGCGAAAGCGGGUCUUUCCUUCCGCCGCCUCCUUACACUGUUGAUGAUGAGGAUUCUCCGCUCGCCGAUCUUUCUGCACCGAACCCUACAACAGAAACAGCUGCGUCUGCUGUCUCUGAUCCCGCGGCCUCAUCGACGACCAAUCCAUCGGCCAGCACCGCCCGUCCCAACACCGCCGCCGCCUCCUCCACGCGCGCGUACUGGUGCACAUCUUGCACCAGGAAGUACCAGCGACGGGAAGACUGGACUCAUCACGACGAAGCCUGCUGUCGCCGCCGUCGGCAUCGUGCAAAGCAAGCGCAGACGCAGCAGCAGCAGCGCGCCUGGGCUUGCGGCUUCUGUGCCGCCUUCCUUGGCUCAAUCGAUCGCUACCACGACCAUGUGGCCCUGCACUUUGAGAACGGCAAGACGCCCGCACACUGGCACUACGCCCACGUGAUCUACGGCCUGCUGCAUCAGCCCGGUGUGCAUGAGGCCUGGAAGCGCCUCUGGAACGUCCGCAUGGCCGCCCUGCCCGCCCGCAUGCGAACCAAGGUCUACUGGCCGCCCGAGACAGAGGCCCGCGAUGCCCAGGGCUCUCGUCCAACCCUACAGGACUCGCUCGAGCUCUUUGAUCUGGCUCACCAGAGCGCAGAAGUGCUGGCCACGCGAGCAGACGCCCUGGCUGUCUUUGUCACCGUGCCUAUCGACGAGCCGGAGCCUAGCUCGACUGCAUCUACAUCUACCGCUGCUGCAGCUUCUUCCCACGACAACAGCCUCACAAUUCCUGGCUUGACGCUAAGAAAGUCGAGCAAGGGAACUGGCGCAAAGCAACCCUCUCGAAAGACUGUGGCUGCCAACGAUCCACUUCAGAACACUGUCCGAUCUGGCCGGACAGGGCUGCCGCCUGCCAUAAACCCCCUGGCCUUGUCGCCAAUCAAUUUCGCGCGGUCACUGUCUGCUCGGCAUACGAGCACAUACAGUGAUGGAGGCAGUGGUGCGGGCCUCGGCAUCGGGCUUACUCCCCCCCCAACCAGACGACGGCCACAUCAUCAUUUACAUGCCUAUUCGCUGGCCGAAGAGGCCAAUUUUCCCCCUACGAUAGGAGAGGAGACAGAAAAUCUUUCGUCAGACUUGUCUUCUGCGUUCCCAUGA